AUGAAACCAGCCAAUUACAGCUGCUUUCUUGGAGAUGAAAGUAAUUGCACGAACAUCUUGCUUGUCAAAAGAAUCUUGGCUUCAUUAUCCAUUGCUGGCAGUUUCGCUAUGAUCUUCUUAAUUUGGCUGUUUAAAAAGUACCAAUUCUUUGCUCAGGCUGAUAGUGUAGAACCUAGUCCUAAAUGUACUUUUGAAGCGGUCAUGAUAACGAUAUCUGUGUGGGCCAUUCUUUUAUGGGUUAUAUUAAUAACUUUUAAUUUAUACUGGAGUGCUGUUGCUAAGAAAAGUACUGAAAGAUUUGAAAUUUACUACCAUCUUAUUGGUUGGGGUAUUCCCGUAGUCAUAAGUGUAAUACCUUUCUCGAGUAAUAAGUAUGGACCAGCUGGCGUAUGGUGGAUACAAAAUACUGUUCAACCAGAUAAUGCGAGCUUUACCCUUUACCUAUUACAAAUUGUUUCCUCAAGUUUAAAAGGUGCUGGGAAUGCCAUUGUAUUUAGUAUGGACAAAGAAACAUUUAAACACCUAAAUUUAGCAGAUUUACGGCUAUUUGAUACCUCAUUAAUUGAUCGCAAGAAAUGCGCUUUGAAAUUUAAUCGAAGGGGUAAUUCCAGAUGUAAUGAUGAAUUGUUUGUUUCAGAAUGCUUGGUCACAUCGUUGUUCUAA